AUGACCGAGGUCAAUCGUGCGAACUUCUUCCGCGUUGCGGACAAAAUCGGCGAGCUUAUGAUCGAGUUCAACUCCUCGGUGGCGUCCUACGAGGACCAGCUGUUCGUCUCCCCAUCCUCUUCCGAGGUGAACCUUCUUCAAGAGAGGAUCGCUGACCUGGAAGCCCAGGUAAAAGAGUACGCCAGGCUGGAGGCUGAGAAUGCUAGCACCGUAGCGAAAGCCGAACAAAUCCGAGCGCGGAUGAAGAAGGCUGAAAUAGAGGUACUCGACCUUGGGGUUGCCAACGAAGACCUCCGAGACAAACUGAAGAAGGCGGGGGACCUUUACUUCGAAGCGGCGGAGGAUGCGAAGGCGGCCAAGAACAGGUUGCACGAGAUCGAGCUCCGCAAUCAGCUACUCGAAGCUGGCAACAGCUGCGAGAUUGAGAGGGUGCGAAGGGAGGAGAGGCAGGCAAUGAGGCGGACUCUCCGUCCUCUGGUUGAGGAGGUGAGGGUCACCUUCGAAGAGAGGGAGAAGCUAGCUCCGCUUCAGGUCCGAGCUGCUGAGAUUAGGGCGAACCGGAUGCUGAUCGAGGAGAUCGCCAGAGGAGAGAUCCAAGACAUGGAGGCCGAACUCGGACUCCUGAAAGCUGACGAAGAGGAGGUGGACAAGAAGGUUUCGAAGGAGAGGAUCGCUGACCUAGAAGCCCAGGUAAAAGAGUACGCCAGGCUGGAGGCUGAGAAUGCUAGCACCGUAGCGAAAGCCGAAGAAAUCCGAGCGCGGAUGAAGAAGGCUGAAAUAGAGGUACUCGACCUUGGGGUAGCCAACGAAGACCUCCGAGACAAACUGAAGAAGGCGAGGGACCUUUACUUCGAAGCGGCGGAGGAUGCGAAGGCGGCCAAGAACAGGUUGCACGAGAUCGAGCUCCGCAAUCAGCUACUCGAAGCUGGCAACAGCUGCGAGAUUGAGAGGGUGCGAAGGGAGGAGAGGCAGGCAAUGAGGCGGACUCUCCGUCCUCUGGUUGAGGAGGUGAGGGUCACCUUCGAAGAGAGGGAGAAGCUAGCUCCGCUUCAGGUCCGAGCUGCUGAGAUUAGGGCGAACCGGAUGCUGAUCGAGGAGAUCGCCAGAGGAGAGAUCCAAGACAUGGAGGCCGAGCUCGGACUCCUGAAAGCUGACGAAGAGGAGGCGGACGAGAAGGUUUCGAAGGUAACUCCUCGUGACCUCGACCUCUCAGUAUUCUCAGAUCUUUUGGCGGAUACACCCGAUCUCUUGUGCAGCGAGAACCCGCUAAGCGUCAUAAUCGGCGAGUCCGGCACUAAUCUCNAGAGUACGCCAGGCUGGAGGCUGAGAAUGCUAGCACCGUAG